AUGUACGUACUAAAAAAGUUGGCCACUUCUCAAAUACUAUGGUUGCUAACUUCAACUGCCAUUUUAAAGGUUCAUGGGGAAUUUAAUGUAUUUUUCGAUGAUCGCCUGAGUUCCGUUGGUUUACCCCUAGAUAAUGUGCCAUAUGAGAACGCCGAAGCCAACGUCACUGGUCUGGGCAUGCAUGAGUUGUUCUCGAUACUCGGCACCUCAGGUCUAAGUAAAACCACUGGUCGAAUUCGUUAUCUCGUGACGGAUGUAUUGAGCCAAUCCGAAUGUAAGAGUCAUUUUGUGCUGUUGGAGGAUACGAUAUUGUGUGCGAAAACGAAAUUUCGUCCGAGUAUUCAUGGGCCCGAAGGUGUAUGUCGGAUGUAUGUAAUGUUAAAGGGUGACAGUGGAGGUCCACUCGUCCACAAUGGCAUUUUGAUCGGGAUACAAUCCUUUGGUCCAACCGACUGCGACGAGACUUACGCUCCAAGUUAUUACAUCAAAGU